CCUCAGUUACCUAGGUCGUACUUUACUUCCAAUUCCCAAAUUCCUCACCCUCGAUAUAUGCUGCAAUACGGCAUAUAGUUGCCCGCCCGCUCACUAUCGCAGGGCUUUCCGAAACUGCUCCUCUCCCUCGACCUUUUGUUUCACGUUUACACCUCCCACUCUGCUUGCAGUUUUGACGUACAGUUCAAAUUGUGGCGCCUAGCAAAAACAUGACUUCCACCAACUCAAGACGGAUAGUCAAUCCGGUGUUAUUGUACGUUCGUUCACAAAAGCUCUUCUUCUCAAGUCCCGUCCCGGUCUUGUGUGAAUGUAAAAGGGGUUUUGUUGUGCUAUUUGGCACAGGCAAAAGGCAAAAGCAAAGAUUUGACGACGUCUCUUGUUGCUGGUCAAAAGCCCAAUAUACUGACCGGACAUUGUGUUCGAUGGCAGUAUCUGCGACGUUCAAGAGAAGUUCCGUACAGCGAUAUGGGAAUUUCCCAAGGUCAUAUCUACCAGCGCAAAGAUGGUAAAAGCAGCCAAAAUCUUCAACAUGCCAAUCUACAUAACCACGCAAAACGCCUCCCGGCUCGGCGCAACCGUUAGCGAAAUCACCUCGGUCCUACCCACCGACUCCUCCGCCACGACCGAAGUCGACAAAACCGCCUUCUCCAUGCUCGUGCCCGAACUGACCUCCCAACUCGCCACGAACCCGGCCUCGCACCUCUCCGUCAUCAUAGUGGGCAUCGAAACGCACAUCUGCGUGACCCAGACGGCCUUGGACCUCCUCGCACUCGGGCACAAAGUCUACAUCCUGGCUGACGGUGUGAGCAGCUGCAAUGCAGGCGAGCGACCCGUCGCCCUCGCUCGGCUGGCACGCGAAGGAUGCACCGUCACGACCAGCGAGAGCUUGCUUUUUGAAUUGGUGGGUGAUGCGAAGGACGGCAAUUUCAAGGCCAUUUCUGGCCUGGUCAAGGAGACAAAGGACGAGACCAAGUCGGCUGUGGAGACCUUUUGUAAGCUUUAGUUCUUACCACAGGUGGUGUGUCGCCAGGAAGCCAUACAAGGGUAGGUAGAUAUUCAAGGAUGACCGUGGAAAGAGGAAGAAAUCAUUUUCGCCUGAAAACGACCUGUAGAUACUUUUUUGAAUUGAGAAUACGAAUAUUACCGCACCCGCUGGCAUACCUGCUUGCGGACAGCCUAAAC